AAAGACACGCGCGGAGAUGGUCCGCAUAUCAGCCGCUGUGAUGGGCAUCGAGUUCUGUUACGCCGCCGAAACCGCCUUCGUUUCGCCGACCCUGCUCAAGAUCGGCGUCAGGCACAGGCACAUGACACUCAUCUGGUGCCUGAGUCCCUUCAUCGGGUUCUUCCUGACGCCGAUUUUGGGCUCUCUGUCGGAUAACUGCCGGUCGAAGCUAGGACGCAGAAGGCCUUUUAUCAUUCUUCUGUCCAUCGGUAUCAUUCUCGGUCUGAUCCUGGUGCCCAACGGGAAGCUCAUUGGCAUAACUAUGGGGGACGACUGGGCACCAACCACCGCGCCCACCACGUCCUCCCUCUCUGAAGAACAGGUUAGCGAACUCAUAUCAGCCACUGAACCCGGAUUUCUUAACGCCUCGACCAUCACCACUGUCGUCAACUCCUUGGAUAACCCUGAGAACGUCACUCUCGCAGAUGAAGGCGAACCACCAGCGAGGCCCAGCGGAUACCAGUCUCACCCUUGGGGCAUUUUCUUCACCAUUGUGGGCACGAUGCUCUUGGACUUCGAUGCGGAUGCGUGCCAGAGUCCUUCGCGUGCCUACCUCCUCGAUGUCACCGUGCCAGAGGACCACGCUGUCGGCCUGUCCACCUUCACCAUCAUGGCUGGUCUCGGCGGUGGCCUCGGGUAUGCCAUGGGAGGGAUUAACUGGGACGUCACUUUCAUCGGCUGGGUACUUGGAGGCCACGUGAGAGCCGUGUUCACUCUGGUCACGUUCAUCUUCAUAGCCUGCGUGUUCAGCACCCUCUACUCCUUCAAGGAAAUCCCCCUCGAAGUCCUCCAGAAGUCCUCCAAGGCCGAGCUCCAGAGGGGCAUGUCCAUGGAGCAGCAAGUCCUAAGUCCGAGCGGCGCCGAGGAAGGGAAAGGCUACGGCACCAUGGAUGACAAAGGGCCCUCCCGCCCCAGCUCCCUGCCGCUUCUGCAAAACGGCCACAGCGCAGACCCGGCCGUGGAGGGCCAGCAGGAGUACGCAGGUCCUGAGGGCGACAGCCAAGGGUACCAGGACAAGCAGGGCGAGGCGGGAUACGACCAGGAGACGUCCUUCAACCAGCAGGAACCCAGCGCAGUGGUGAAGGAGGGAGAUCAAAUGCCUGACGGAGGCGAAGAGGCAGCAGUCCCUGGGGCUACACUAAGGCAGUACCUCCUCUCCAUCGUGUACAUGCCUAAGUCGCUCCGUAUCCUGUGUGUGACGAACCUGUUCUGCUGGAUGUCGCUCGUCUGUUAUUCCCUCUACUUCACUGACUUCGUGGGAGAGGCGGUGUUUGGUGGGGAUCCAGGGGCACCGGACGGGAGCGUGGCGAGAGACCUGUACGAGGAGGGCGUCCGCUUCGGCUGCUGGGGCAUGGCGCUCUACUCGCUGUCCUGCUCGCUCUAUUCAUUCCUGAUCGAGAAGAUGGUCAAGGUGUUCGGUGCCAAACCGGUGUACAUCUGCGGCCAGCUGGUGUACAGUGUUGGAAUGAUGUUCAUGGCGUCCCUGCGUCACCCCGCGGCGGUCAUCAUAUUCUCCUGUUGUGCCGGGGUCAUGUAUUCCACGUUGUUUACGAUGCCUUAUCUCCUCGUGGCUCACUAUCACGCUUCGGAGACGAUAAAGUGUGAGGACGUUUGGCUGGUAACCAAGGUACGGCAGCUGUGGGCCUGGUGCUGGGGUGGCGCGUUUAAAACGGAAGAAGGCGUUCUCGCAGACGGGCCAGAGCAGCAAGUCCGGGGCCUCGGAACAGACGUAGCCAUCAUAUCUUCCAUGGUCUUCCUCGCGCAGUUCAUUCUCUCUUUAUGCAUGGGUUCCAUUAUCGCCGCCGUCGGCUCCACCACCGCCGUCGUCUGCGCUGCGAGUGUGUUGGCUGCUUGUGGGGCUAUUUCGGCUACACAAGUCAUCUAUCUCGAUCUCUAAUCCGUUCUCUGUGAUUCGUGCGAGCUACUAUAGAAAAUCGAGCACUAACUAUUAUAUUUCUUUGUCCCCCUCCUAAAAAAAGAAAGAAAAAAACGACAGUAAGAGGGGAAGAUACAGGGAGGAAGAGGAAGAGGAAUUUUCCUUUAUAUUAUUUCUAUCAUAAAAAAAAUAAUAGAUGAAAAAAUACAUUCUUGUUGAAGGAAGGAAGACACAUAUAUAGCAAAAUUCUUUUCCUAUAUUAUUAUUUAAUUCAAUAGGGAAUAACAAUGAUUAAGAAACAAUAUAGCAUAAACACAUCUGAUCUGAAUGAAGCUUUAUCUCGUAAGUAGUCUAAGCUAUUUUUAUUUUCUCAUGAAGUAUCAUUUCAAAUUAUCACAAUGUCUAUUUUUAGGAUAGACAUAGUUCAGUAAGUUCAGCCAUAUUUUUUUUCGGAUCAACGCAUUCAAAGUUAGUUAAGAGUAUUCCGACCAUGACUUGGGACCCACAGUAAUUGAUAGUAUUUAAUGAUACCAUGCUUAAGCUUAUAAGAUAGUCUUUUAACAGAAGUUUUGAGAGAUUCUAAAUCGAAUUUCAUCUCUGGUGGAAGUCUCUCAGAGUAUGUAAAUACGCUAUAUCUGUGUUUUUAUGUUCUUUCAUUAUUAAUUUUCCACUGGCAAUACCCAAUGAUAUUUUGAAAAUCAGUAUAUGAGUGGUAGGGUGUACUCGAGUGUAAGAUUCAAAGAAUCGAAAGAUUUUGCUGUCGCCCUUUCAAGGGAAAAUAUGUAUCGCAGAGAAGGGAAAAGGAAAACAUAAGCGAUAUUAACAUUCGGGCAGAUUCUUUUUCACUGCAUUUAUUGUUUUAGCUUCACUUAAACCCCUCAAAGGCCCAUCCAGUAAAUAGAACCUGAAAUAGUUUCAGGAUAAAGAUUUUAGCUUCGCAAAGAAUUAUGUUAAGAUGCUAUUACCUGUUUUUAGUCUCAUAUGUCUAGAACUCGCCAUCAUUAUCAGCAUCAUAACAAGCAGAGUAUGUGCUAUACUUAGUCAGAAGGGGAAAUGACAAAGGGUUAAUAAUGCCUGUUAAUAGGUAUAUUUUUCCAAUUAGUUUUACGUUAGCAGUAGCUACUGUAGCGAUAGAUAGUAUACGUAGUAAUGACUGAUAAGUAGGUGUAUGAAUGAACCAGAGAUCUGAAUUGGAAUUGGAAUAACUGGCAGUCAACCGCUGGCUAAGGAAAGACUUCCAUUUAACUAGUAAAUUAGUGAAGGCUUUUAUCGAAGGAGGGAAGACAUUAAGUUUGGUAAAUGAUAGCUUAGAAGGGUAGUUAGUGUAGCCGCUUCAUUGUAUUAUCAUAACACCUGAAGGCCAGGUGUUCUUCAUCUAGUCAUGGGCAUCAUUUUUUAUCACGUAUUCACCAUGGUACUCUUGUGCUAGUAUUAAACGCACUAUGGGAUUUUGAAGUG